ACCCCGGGACGAUCAUGUUGUCGACGACGAUCAUACUCGGUAUCGCAUGCGGUGUCGGAGGUGCUCUAUUUCUUAUUACUCUCUACGCUGUCUAUACCUACUCACGCGCAUGCGCACGUUGCAAGGACAAGAGCCUGAAAGAGCAGCAUGAAGCAGCCGGGACCAUCAACAUCGCUGAACCGCCAAAGAAUUUCUUCAUUCCCAAAGAGAGGAUAGCAGUUCAACCCAUCGCUAAUCGGAUCCAAUCACCACCUCAAAAGAUCGAAUCCCCGAACCGAUCCGACCCGGAGUUGAACAGUCUCAGCACGAGCGAUUCAAGUCACAACGGUUCAUUUUGCGGUUCGUUCGAAUCGGAAAUUGGAACCGUCAAACCGGAGUUGUAUCCGAGGAAAGAUGACCGGUUAGUAAUGAACCAGUCGGAUCAGUACGGUCUCAGCGGUUCGGGAAACCAGACGAAACAGGCCAAGAAGAUCGGGCGGCUUCAUGUCAAACUCAAAUACGACUUCAAUAAAUCCGACUUUGUCAUCAAACUGAUUGAAGCCGACCAUUUACCUGCAAUGGAUAUAGGUGGUUCGAGCGACCCCUACGUCAAGAUAUCACUCGAACCCGAUGAAGAAAGAAAGAUUAAGCAGUCAGUGGUACAGAGGCGGACUCUGAACCCGAUGUGGAAUGAAAUCUUUAAGUUUCCCACAACGUACGAAGAACUGCAAGAAAAGACCGUCCGAUUUUCAGUCUUUGACUUCGAUAAAUUUUCCCGCCACGAUGCCAUUGGCGAGGUUUUGGUCAGGAUUGGUGACGUAGAUGUAUCACGUGAGCUUGACGUGUGGAGUGAACUCAGGUCACCGCAAACGAGAAAAGAAGAACUAGGUGACAUAUUAUUUUCAGUCAGUUAUCUGCCUACAGCUGAGAGACUGACGGUGGUGGUGCUCAAAGCGAGGAAUCUUAAAACAAUGGAUAUCAACGGCAGUUCGGAUCCAUUUGUAAAGGUGUCCUUACUUCAAGGCGGUCGAAGGGUGAAGAAAAAGAAAACCAGUGUCAGAAAAUGCAACUGUAAUCCGACUUGGAAUGAGGCUAUAAUAUUCAACGUACCGGCUGCGGCGCUCAAUGUGUGUAGUUUAGAGCUGAUUGUGAUGGACUACGAUCUCCUAGGCCAGUGUGAGAAAAUAGGAGAGACGAUGGUUGGACCACAUUCCGGAGGAAUAGGCCAGGACCAGUGGACGGAGAUGGUCCAGAAUCCAAGAAAACCUGUUUCUGUGUGGCACACACUCAGACCAUAGAGCAGGACUAGUCUUAUGGCACAAACUUGGAUCAAAGAGUAUUACCGGACGGUAGGCCUAUCGACUAUGAGACACACUCAAACCUUAUAAAAACUGGUAGGCCUAUUCGUACGGGACACACACCGUGGAUACACUCGGGUGAUAACACAACCGAUAGGACUAGUCUCAUGGCACACACUUGGAUCAAAGAGUAUUACCGGUAGGCCAAUCCAUUAUGAGACACAUUCAAAUCUGAGAGAAACUGGUAGGCCUAUUCGUAUGGGACACAUACCAUGGACACACUCGGGCCAUAGCACAACCGAUAGGACUAGUCUUAUGGCAUAAACUUGGAUCAAAAGAGUAUUACCGGUAGGCCAAUCCAUUAUGAGACACUCAA